GAAUUGUUCUCGAUUGGAUCUCCUCUCGCUGUAGGCGCCUCUUGACAUUCUGCAGACAUGUGGGCAGUGCCACGCCAGUGCCGCGCGAGCAGCUGGACAUUUGAAAAAGGCGUCUGGUGUGCGCACACGGGCUUGCGCUGCUCCCAACACAAGAACGACCGCAGCCUCGCAGUAGCAGUCCACGCAUGAAUAGCGCCAGGGACAGAGCCAGCGACAGCGGCGAACAUUCAUCGCAGCCAAGGAAACCUGGAAAAAACGCUCCUCAGAUCCCCGAGCCGGAGAGGGGAGCGAAGAGAGGAUAGGCGCAAACAAAAGCAUUCUUGGCUCUGAGAAAAAAAAAGAAAGAAAAAAAAAAACUUUGGGACAAAAUUAUUUACUUCAAAUACAAAUACAGGAGGUACGCAAGACGGACUGAAUUGUAUCUGGUAUCGCUGCCUCAUCAGCAAGUGUAGUAGCAUUUUGAGUUUACCACCCCAGACAGACGGUGAUACAAACUGAAUUAUUUCGGGGGAAUGGAAAGACAGAAAGACAACAACAUGCGUGUCAUCUGUGUAGUUCUUUUGCUCGGAAUUUUUUGUCACCGUGCCGUUUCAAGCUUGGACAAGACCAUCCCCACUGUAUCAAUUACAACAAGUGAGGCAAAAGCUGCAGCACCCACUGUCAGCACCGCUGCAAAACCUGUCACUACCACAACUGUAGCUGUGACCACUGCCACCACCACUGUUGCCGCCACUGCCGUGGUGGCCACCUUGACCACUGCGGCCUCGACCACUGCGGCCUCGACCACUGCCGCCGUGACCACUGCCACCCCGACUGCUAAAUCACUCGACUCCACAACUAAAAAAGUCGAGCCCUUGACCAGUGACUCAACUGCUCAUAUCACAACCCCGGUCCCAUCUUCUUCUACUGCUGGUACCACGCCAACAAGUACAAGACCCCCUGAGCCCUCUUCUGCAGCUCGUCGAGGCAACUCUGAUGCCAGCCUGACUAAACCGACCACAGACCCCUCCGGCACGGCAAGGGAGACCACUCCAGGGAAAUUCACACAUCAAGACUCUAUCACCACCCCUAACCUGAAAGCUGAAACUACCACAGAUUCAUCGCAUCCUGGUCGUCUGUCAUCCCAGACAUCAGUGCCCACAAAAACACCAAAUCCCGAAACAGAGACGCAAACCUCACCUCCGGGCUCCCAGAGCCGCACAGCAUCAAAGGCGAAUGAAGCCACCACAGCCACUAACAAGAUCUCAGCUGUGGCUGUGACUACAAAGACAGCCGUGACCACAACCACAACCAUAAUCCCAACUACAACCACGACUACAACCACGGCCAUGUCAGCAGCCGUAUAUAUGUACAUCUAUAACAAGACUGACCAAAAGGAGGACACCAAGCACGAGCGUGCAAUUUGCCAGAAGCUGAUAAGGGACAGCCAGGAGGAGAAGUGCGAGCUGAAAAUAAGGACUAAGAAUGGGAAGAAGGUUUUCGAAGGUGCGACCAUCCAAGUUAGCGGUGAACUCCUGAACAAAUAUUACAAUGAACUACAGAGCACAUCUGACAACACCACCCUGGUCGCCAUCCUGUGCUCCUGCGCCGCCCUGCUGGCCAUGAUCAUCGGCCUCACCAUCUACGCCAUGUGUCACCGCAGAUCUUACAGGAAGGACCAGCAACACCUGACAGAGGAGCUGCAGACGGUGGAGAACGGCUACCACGACAACCCCACCCUGGAGGUGACCGAGGUGCAGCCGGAGAUGCAGGAGAAGAAGGCCACCCUGAUCGGGGAGUUCAACGACAGCUGGAUCGUCCCCAUCGACAACCUGGCCAAAGACGACAUACCUGACGAGGAAGACACCCACCUGUAAGGCCAACCCCCCCCUCACCUGGCCCUCCCCCUACCCUUACCCGAUCCCGCUGCGGGAAUGGUGCAAAAGAAACUCCACCAAACCAGCCGUCAUGAACCACGGCCGUCACCACGGGAACACCGCACCACCAAGCCGGCAGAGGCCACACCGAUUACCGUGGUGCCUCGUUGUAUCCGACACUGACCUUUUGGGAACCAAAAUGUGGGAUUAUUUCAAUCGUGAUGUGUCUAACUCUCACCAUCAAGCAAAAAUCUUAAAUAGCCAUCUUAAAUCUUAAAAAGCAAACUAACUACCACCUCUGCCUUUAAUUUUUUUUUUUUAACUGAGUGUUGUUACAGUUUUAAACUUGAACUGUAACAGCAGCCUCCAGUCACAAGAUGCUUGCAGCCCGCAUCAUGUGAUCCAGUGCAGGUCAUGUGAUUCCAAUCUGCAACAACUGGAUGUACAGUACAUCGUUUUUAAUGUAAAAUAGCACAUGCACAAUGAUAUAUUUUAUCAAUAUAUAAAAGCACAUGCAUGCGAUAUAUUUUACCGGUCUGAAUAUUCUGUAAGGCAAUCAAAUUCAGAAAUGUCUGAAGAAGAAAUACUAAAUCCCUUCAAAAAAUCAAAACCCCUCCCUGUAGAUUGUCUGCGAAAGCCCAGCUCAGACCAGAAGAAGGUGCCUUAGUCAGAAUGACUCCAGCCGCUGAUGAACAGUGGUACACGGUUACUGGCCAGUCCCGUGACGAGGGUAACUGUACGCCCCACCUAUGAACUGCAGGGAGGUCUUUCGUCUUAAUGCUCCUGAGGGUAAUUGUAGUCACUCUCUGGACAGCUGUCUGCCUGCGUAAAAGGGGUGCAGAGAUAGCAUUGUACCACUAGGGGUUGAACGAAAGGGCAUCUGCAGUAUCUUAUUGCACACCUUUUUGUCUUUCUGUUAUGCCAGUGUUUUUUCUGCGUUCUCCUAAGAGCACAUCUGCUUGUUUCCAGAGUUAUACAAGGAAGUACCAUUACUACUGUGUCUCUGGUGAUGAUAUACAGAUAAACAUAGCAGCAGCACAAAAUAGAUGAGUAUUUAAACCUGAGUAUUUCUGCACCUGUAUUAUUUUCCCCACAGAAAGUGUUUUCGUUGGAGCAGCCUCCUGUAUGUAAGGAAUUACCUUUAGUGCAUUGCAAAAAGUGAAACGACUGUCACCUCAGAUGAAGAGCUACUGUAGUUCCACGUUAGACUUUGACCUCAGGAUAAAUUCAGCAACAUCCUGCAAUCUUUACCUUAUGAAAGAGUUAGCGGCAACGGUCCCAGUGUGGCCAGCGUUCGCCUCUGCAUAGACACUGUGAUGAUUCAUGGGUGUGUCUUUUCAAGCACUGCUGAUUCGUAGCUACUGGACGUGUGACAAUAGAAUAUUCAUUAACAUGUCGUGCCUGAAAAUGUUUUUUUUUAACACUUCUUGGUUUGUGUGCUGAUCUGUGAGCGUGUGGUGAGCUGCCCCUUGUUGUAGCGAAGCAGUCUCCGUCUUCAGUUUUCCCUGUGCGGGGUGGUGUUAUGAGAUCACCUUGGCUAGCAUGCAGCCUGUUGGCUACCAGGACUCCCCAUCACUCUCCCCCUAUCCCUCCCUCAGAGGACCUGAAUGUGAUACCUGCAGCCAGAGAUCUCAAAGUCUCUGGUAGGAACAUGGGGACUGGAACCAGAAGGUUGCCAUUUUAAAUCCCAGUGUGGCCCAGUGAGGCUCAGAUAAUGUAAGGGGUGGAGCACCCAGUGAGCAGAGCUUCGACCACAGCACGACUGCAUGUGCGGUCUCUCCAGCCUCUCCAACAGCACCUGGGCGCGGCUAAAGCUACUCGUGGGUCGCUGCCAGCUUCAAGGCACAAAGACAGCCCGCGUUUGAAUGGGACGUCAGGCUGCCACGGAAGACUUCAGAACAAAACGUCAUUGGAGGAAGUGCUUACCAUGUGCAUGCGCUGUGUAUCAGCCAGUCAGAACUCCAGGAGUGUCAAGUUACAUGUGCUUUCCUGCACACUUCAUUCAAGUUAUUCCAAAAACAAUGUUUCAAAUAAUCUCUUGCCAGAGAAGUCAGAGUUCCUCAUUUAGAAAGACAUGAAACCAAGCAUAUUGUGGGUGCGGUAGGUUGGGCAGUUUAACGGUGCGAGAACCGACUAGUGAUUGCCACUCAUCACCUUUACUACUGUUGUUUUAACCAUCUUUGUACAUAGCCUGUUUAGUACUGAAUUUUACCAACAAGCUUUAUAAGGGUAAAGAACGUCCCGUAUUUAUCUUUUAACAGAACACUGGGGGUCUGACACUGGAAUCUGUGCUUAUGAAUCAGUCUUGGUUCUGUGGACAGAUGUUUUAUUUUUUAUAU